AUGAUGACUGAUAAAGAAGAAACAAUAACUCCAUCAGAUUCUUUUACUGAUUUGGAUAUUACCAAAAAGAAUUAUGGAUCUACCAAUUUAAUGGAUACAUUAGAUCUCCCAACUGGAAUUGGGCAGUAUGAUGAUUUCCAUACUAUCGACUGGUUGCGAGACAUCGCACGUGACCGUACGCGAUACCGCAAUAUGGUACAAAAAACAUCAGAAGGUUUUUGGCAAAGAAUGAAAAAAGCCCAUGAUGCCUGGUCAGGAUGGGUGUGUGCCUUACUAGUUGGCAUGGGGGCUGGUUUGUUGGCUGGACUGAUUUUCAUUUGUACCACAUGGAUGUCUGAUCUGAAGAUAGGCAUUUGUCUUAAUGCUUUUUGGUUAAACCGGGAACAAUGCUGUUGGGCAGCCAAUGACACAAAUUAUGAAGAGGAAGGUGACUGCGCACAGUGGUACUCUUAUUCCAAGUUGUUUGGCAUAAAAAACAGUCAGGGAACUGGAUCCUACAUAGUUGAAUAUAUCCUGUACAUUUUAAUUGCAUUGUUCAUGGCCGGCCUUGCAGCCAUGUUGGUUCGUGUGUUUGCACCUUAUGCUUGUGGUUCUGGCAUUGCUGAGAUUAAAACCAUUUUAAGUGGCUUCAUUAUUCAUGGUUUUCUAGGCAAAUGGACACUGUUAAUCAAGUCCGUGGGCAUGAUACUGGGUGUUGCAUCUGGACUCAGUAUAGGUAAUGAAGGUCCCUUCAUCCAUGUAGCUUGUUGCUGUGGCAAUAUAUUUUCUUAUUUCUUUCCAAAAUAUGCCAAAAAUGAGGCGAAGAAAAGAGAAGUCCUUUCUGCUGCUGCAGCUGCUGGGGUGAGUGUUGCUUUUGGUGCACCAAUUGGAGGCGUCAUCUUCAGCUUGGAAGAAUUGAGUUAUUAUUUCCCACUGAAGACUUUAUGGCGUUCGUUCUUCUGUGCUUUGAUUGCUGCAUUUGUUUUGCGUUCAAUGAAUCCAUUUGGAAAUGACCAUUUGGUCAUGUUUUAUGUUAAUUACAAUGAACCUUGGUACCUACAAGAAUUGAUUGCAUUCAUCUUGAUUGGUACCUUAGGGGGCUUAUAUGGUGCAUUCUUUAUAAGAGUCAAUAUUUGGUGGUGUAAAUACAGGAAAAGUUCUAACAUUGGCCAGUAUCCUGUUGGUGAGGUUCUUGUUAUCACGUUCAUUACAGCGCUUGUUAAUUUUCCAAAUUAUUAUACCAGAAUUGGUUCUAGUCAAUUAAUCCGUCUGCUCGUUAAUCGCUGUGGACCAGAGGAUUACCAUGGAUUAUGUGAUUACAACCGAAACAUUACUAAUGUGAAUGUCUAUGGAGGAAGUGCUGUUUCAGGGAAUGGCGUCACUCAGGCAAUAUGGCAACUUGUUUUAGCUUUCCUUUGCAAAGGCAUCUUGACUGUUUUUACAUUUGGGGUAAAGGUUCCAUGUGGUGCAUUCAUUCCAAGCAUAGCUAUCGGUUCCAUUCUAGGUCGUGUCGUUGGCAUCGCUGUGGAACAAUUGGUUUUAGCAAAUCGUAAUUCCUGGUUCUUUGCAAAUAUGUGCUCUACCCAUGAAAAAUGCACUAUAACACCCGGUUUGUAUGCCAUCGUUGGCAUUGCUGCUGUCCUGGGAGGAGUGACAAGAAUGACGGUAUCUUUGGUGGUUGUGAUAUUUGAACUGACUGGUGGUUUACUCUAUAUUGUGCCCAUGAUGGUUGCAGUGAUGACUAGUAAGUGGGUUGGUGAUGCCUUUGGUCGAGAAGGAAUUUAUGAUGCUCAUAUACAACUGAAUGGUUAUCCAUAUUUAGACAACAAGGAAGAAUUCACUCAUACAACAAUAGCAUCAGAUGUCAUGCGACCACGAAUUAAUGAACCUCCUCUACAUGUUAUUACUCGAGACUCUAUGACUUUAGAAGAAGUAGAAUGUCUUUUAAAAGACACCAACCACAGUGGCUUUCCGGUAGUUGUAUCAAAAGAAACGCAAUACUUGAUUGGAUUUGUGUUACGUAGGGAUUUGAAUAUUGCAAUAACUAAUGCCCGCAAAAUCCUUGAUGGAAUUUCUAAUGAGUCUAUUGUAUAUUUCACCUCUCAUGUUCCACCAAGUGAAGGUGUGAUGACCCCAACCCCACUGAAGUUAAAGAGAAUUUUAGACAUGUCACCAAUCACCAUCACUGAUCAGUCAACCAUGGAAACAGUAGUACAGAUGUUCCGUAAAUUAGGACUCAGGCAGACACUUGUUACGCAUAAUGGGAGACUCCUGGGCAUCAUCACCAAGAAGGAUGUCCUCAGGCAUAUUGCACAGUUGGAGAAUCAAGAUCCAGAAUCAAUUUUGUUCAAUUAA